CAUAAGUAAAGUUGCUUUUGUAACAGAGCAGGUCUAAAGGCUAAUUUUGGUACACAAAUAAUACCAUGUCUUUAUGGAACUACAGUGAACAGGGUUAAGCUUUUCUAUGACUCGGCAAUGACUGAGUUUGACUCACUGAGUUCACUAUCCCCAGAACAGACCGAUUCCCUGGCCUCUCCCGGGAUUCGGAAUUCCAUGAGAUUCGGCGAUAUUGUACGGAUGGGGAGCGUUGAAGAGGGUGAAGAAGAAGGGCGGGUGCUGAAUGUGGACGAGACUAUAUUCGUUGCGGUGGGGAAGGACGUGAAACAGAGCGAAACGACGCUGCUUUGGGCGGUAAAGAACUUCGCAGGGAAGAAUAUAUGCCUGCUCCAUGUUCACAAGCCUUCCCGCGUGCUUUCACUUUCAGAAGGAAAUGGUCCUGCCAGUAAAUUGAAACAAGGAGCCAUCAAGGUAUACCAAGCACUUGAGAGGACAAAACUUCGCAAACUUCUAGAUCAGUACCUACUGAUUCUCAUCCGAGCAGGGGUGCAGGCAAAUGAAGUAUGGAUUGAGAUGCAAAAAGUUGAAGAGGGGAUUGUUGAAUUAAUUGCUCGGCACAAUAUUAGAUGGCUUGUCAUGGGGGCAGCUGCAGAUGAAUAUUAUUCUGAGAGAUUGGCAGAGAUAAAGUCCAGGAAAGCAUUUUUUGUAUGCAACAAGGCAGCUAGUUCUUGUCAUAUUUGGUUUGUUUGUAAGGGGCACCUCAUAUAUACAGGGGGAGACAGAGAAGAUGAAUCUGAAAUAGAAAUUGCCCCUCCUUUGCUGCUUACAAGUUCGGCUAGUGGAGCAGAGCAACCAGAGCAUUUAAAAUCAGAGUCAACUCAUUGGCUGAGAAAUCUAGAUGCUGAGGAAGAUACCAGUGAAUUGGAAGAAAUAUCAAAGAGGUUGAUCCCAUUGCUGAUAGAUGAGGAGGACAAAGCAGCUUGUGAAAGUUAUCAUCUAGUAGAACCAAACAUUGUGGACACUAAUAUGAACUCAAAACAGAAAGGAUAUGAAGAGACAGUGAAGCGGUGGAAAGAGGAAGAUAAUGCCAUGGAGGCUAAAUGCAAGGCCAAAGCAUUUGAAAGUUUAUGCACAAAAGAGAUGAGCCAAAGAAAAGAGAUGGAAGAAGCGCUCGCUAGAGUAAGGCAGGAAAUAGAUGGGAUGAAGGAUGAACGUAAUGGAUUCAUAGGACAACUCCAGAUGGCCCAGGACAAUAAGUUAGCGCUGGAGAGCCAACUGGGAGACUCUCAGUGUAUGGUGGAGCAGUUAGAGUCGAAGCUCCUCUCAGCUGUGGAGCUCCUGAUAACUUUCAAGGAUAGGCGGGAUAAGCUGCAGAUAGAGCAUAGAGAUGCAAUAACAAAAGUCAAAUGGCUAAGGACAUCGAUAAAAGGGGAAGCUGCAAGCUUUUGUCGGGCAGAAUUCCCUGUGUUCUCUUUUAUGGAGAUAAACGAGGCAACUCACAAUUUUGACCCAUCCUGGAAGAUUGGAGAAGGAAGGUAUGGAAGUGUUUACAAAGGGAUUCUUCGCCACAUGCAUGUUGCUAUAAAGAUGUUGCCUUCUUAUGGUUCUAAAACUUCGAUUGAAUUUCAUCAGGUAGAGGUCUUGAGCAGAGUGAGGCAUCCAAACUUGGUAACACUGAUUGGAAACUGUCCAGAAUCCAGGUCACUUGUGUAUGAGUACCUAAGAAAUGGCUGCCUUGAAGACCGCCUUGCCUGCAAAGGCAACACUCCACCUCUUCCAUGGAAAGUCCGAACUUGCAUUGCUACUGAGAUAUGCUCUGCCCUUGUCUUCCUUCACUCAAAUAUCCCUUGUCUUGUGCAUGGGAAUGUGAAACCCAGUAACAUUCUCUUUGAUGCAAACUUUGUGAGCAAACUGGGUGAUCUGGGCAUCGUUGGUUUGAUCCCACAGAAUGAAAAUCCAGCCAACUUCGCCAGAAUACAUAAUGACCCAAAUGGAACUGAUGUGUAUAUGGAUCCAGAGUAUCUUGAAACUGGAAACCUUACACCCGAGUCAGAUGUUUACUCAUUUGGGAUUAUACUAUUACAGCUUUUAACUGCAAGACCACUCCUAGGGAUAGCGGAGGAUGUGAAAACCGCUUUAGAAAAUGACAACAUCGAGGCGUUGUUGGACAUUUCAGCUGGGGAUUGGCCACUAGAGCAAGCAAAGGAGCUGGCUUACUUAGCACUGAGGUGUUGCGAGAAGAACCGGUUGAAUCGGCCUGACCUAUGGGUUGUCCACGAGGCAAUGGGCGCUUCCUGUGCUGCCUCGGCAUCAUGCUUGAUUUCCAAGAAACUUAUUAGGACACCAUCCCAUUUUGUCUGCCCCAUUUUCCAGGAAGUCAUGAAAGAUCCACACAUAGCAGCAGAUGGGUUUACCUAUGAAGAAGAAGCAAUAAGAGGAUGGUUGAAAGGCGGCCACAAUACCUCGCCCAUGACAAAUCUUAAGCUUGAACACUGCAAUCUGGUCCCCAAUUAUGCCCUUCAGUAUGCUAUUCAACAGUGGCAACUAGAGUUGUAAAAAUUUCAUGAAUCUUUAUUUCUUUCGUAUACAAGGUGGUUCGAAUUGCAAACAUUGUAAAUCACAGUGACCAAAUAUACUAAAUUUGAAACAAUGACCAAAAAAAUUUUGGGCACAA